CUGGCCACCGCCUGCCUCCGGGCGCUGCCCCCCGCUGUCCUCUCGGGCCUCAGAGGGCGAUGCCUGGGGGAGCUCCCCGCGCACCAGCACCAGCACCAGAACCACAGCCUCCGCGACCUCACCGCGGGCUGCGCCUGUGAGUUCCUGCGGGGCCUCGGCGUCCCCCCGAACGCCACGGCCUGCGCCGCGAUGCUGCAGGGCUGCGCGGGCGGGGCCGGCGUGGCCGUGGCCGUGGGGCUGUCGCUGCUGCUGGCGGCGGCGGCGGGCGGGGCGGCCUGCGUCUGGCGCUGGAGGCACCGGGGCCGGCCGCCCCUCGCGCUCCCCGGCUUCCUGCGGCGGCGGCGCGGGCGGGGGGACUACUCUCAGACGCUCUCCGCGGGCCGCCCCGGCGGCGGCGCCAAGGCCCCCGGCCCGCACCCCCAGGACCCCCAGGGCCCCCAGGACCCCCAGGACCACUACGAGAACCUGCCUGCGGGCGGCCGCGGGCCGGGGCUGUACGAGAACGCGGGCCAGGCCGCCUGCGAGGAGCACGUCUACGGGAACCAGGCCUCGGGCGACUAUUACAACUUCCACGCGCCCGGCACACCUGCCAGCCCGCAGGACGAGGACAUCUACAUCCUCCCGGACGCGUACUGACCGACUGCGGCCACCGGAGCCAGCCGAGCCACUGCC